UGACCGCCUCCGCGCGUUCCCGCAGCAGCCGCCUCCUCCGCCAGCUCAGCCGUGGUGCGGCCGCCGCCUGCGAAGGAAAAACACUGCCCGCGUGAAGGCCUCUGCAGCAGCCGCAGCGACGACGGAGAGAAGCCCACACGCCGCGUGAUCCGCGCACAGCCGCCGCCUCGUCAAGUCCAGCGUGAAAUAAGGCGAAUCGUUAGAAAACGGCCCCAGUAAUGGCGACAGCUGCGGUGUCUGCCCCUGCCGGCUGCGGCCCCAGCCCCGGGCCGGGGACCGAGCUCGUCCGCGGACAGGCUUUCGACGUCGGGCCUCGCUACAGCAACCUGUCCUACAUCGGGGAGGGCGCCUACGGGAUGGUUUGCUCUGCCUAUGACCGAGAGAACAAGAUCCGUGUGGCCAUCAAGAAGAUCAGCCCUUUUGAGCACCAGACCUACUGCCAACGCACCCUGAGAGAGAUUAAAAUCCUUCUGCGCUUCAAGCACGAGAACAUCAUCGGGAUCAACGACAUUAUCCGCACGCCCACUAUCGACCAGAUGAAGGACGUAUAUAUUGUCCAGGAUCUCAUGGAGACGGACUUGUACAAGCUCCUGAAGACUCAACACCUGAGCAACGACCACAUUUGCUAUUUCCUUUACCAGAUCCUACGAGGGCUCAAGUACAUCCACUCUGCCAAUGUUCUGCACCGUGACCUGAAACCCUCCAACCUGCUGCUCAACACCACCUGUGAUCUCAAGAUCUGUGAUUUCGGUUUGGCUCGUGUGGCUGAUCCCGACCACGAUCACACCGGUUUCCUAACAGAGUAUGUAGCCACUCGCUGGUAUCGGGCACCUGAGAUCAUGCUCAACUCCAAGGGCUAUACCAAGUCCAUAGACAUCUGGUCAGUGGGUUGCAUCCUGGCUGAGAUGUUGUCCAACAGGCCAAUCUUUCCUGGAAAGCACUAUCUGGAUCAGCUUAACCAUAUUCUGGGGAUCCUGGGUUCCCCCUCUCAGGAGGAUCUCAACUGCAUUAUCAACAUUAAGGCCAGGAACUACCUCUUGUCGCUGCCUUUGCGCUGCAAGGUGCCGUGGAACCGCCUCUUCCCCAAUGCUGAUCCAAAAGCUCUGGACCUGUUGGACAAGAUGUUGACCUUUAACCCUCACAAGAGGAUUGAGGUGGAGGAGGCUCUGGCGCACCCCUACCUGGAGCAAUACUACGACCCCACAGACGAGCCUGUUGCCGAGGCCCCGUUCAAGUUCGACAUGGAGCUGGAUGACCUACCCAAAGAGACACUGAAGGAGCUCAUCUUUGAGGAGACUGCACGUUUCCAGCCCGGUUUUAGGUCUUAACAUCUCACAGAUGAUUCUGUGGACUGGCUUCUGCGUUGCCGCCGCUCCUCCCUGCCUCCACACUGUUGCUGUGAUGGUUCCCUUUUUUUUCCCUUUUUUUUCGUCCUUUCUCCUGUUGUCCAUCAUCACCUGGUUCCUUGGGUCUCAUCACUCGUCAAGUCCACUUUGCUCAGGAAUGGCGUCAGGAAUCAAUCAAUCAACCAACCAACCAAUCAUCUCUGUCUCCUUUUUUUUCCCCUCUCUCUCUUUCAGAGGUGUGGGCAAGGGGGUUCACAGCACAGCUUACAGUUUGGGGGAGAUUUUGUGUUUUAAGCCAAGAUAAACAACAACUUCAUGUGUCUCGCAGGCGUUUGGCUCUGUCGAAUUGAGACAUUUUCGAUAGGCUAGCUGUUGUGUUUUUGGUGCGACUGUCGUGGUUGUAACUCUGCCUACAUUGCACAAACAAGUGGAAGAUUACGCAUAAGAAUCCUCCAUCAAUUAAAAAGAAAAAGGUCGUUUGAAAUUUCUGGUCUUGGUUGCAAGUUACGAGGGACACCGUUGAUCUUGAUCUUUUCUGUUUAUUGCUUAAAAAAAGUAAAAACAAAUCUGAAUUGAAAAUAAAUUUAUGCAAAGAAAUCCGCCACAAGCCAUCACUGCUGAUGAGCUAGAUCUCAUCAGGCCUUGUAUUUUAAUCCCUAUCUCGCAAAGCCCAAAUGCAAAUAUAUAUAUAUAUAAAAAAAUGUGUGUGUAUAGCCAAAAGAGUCUUAAGAUAUUUUAAUAGCAGGAGUUUGAUGAUGAAAACUGGCUCAAACAAAUUGAACCUGUUUGUUUUUAUUAAAACGUUUAAAGGCCCUUUAUUCUCCUUUAAUGGGCUUCAGUAAGAUGUCAGUUUGUGUGGAAGCACCAGCGUGCGGUGCCAGUAUAAUGUUUCCCAAUUGAUUACUGCCUUAGCCGUGAGAAGCUAAAGGAUAAGUAGAGUUUGUUUUAUACAAGCCUGUAUGCACAGUGCAAUAUUUAUCACCAGAGGAAGAUUAACUGCAUCAGGAAAAGAAUUCACUUGUUUGGCGUGAAGGAAAUGUUGUUGUGCCUCCCUUUUCUUCCUGUUUCGUGUUCUCUUCUUCUUCAGCGUCUCUCUCGCCUUGUUCAAAUAAUACUGUGCCCUUUGCAUGACUGUUAUAAGCUCUGUAUACAAAGACAAUGACGAUGUUAAGUGCCACACAAGCCGGACACAUCCGCCACGAGGGCGCCCGGACUCUCUGUUCUACCUUUUUGUGGAAUAUCACACGUCCCCAAUAACAUGGUGCUUUUCUUUCUUUUGCUUCAGUGUGGUUUCGGCCCGUUUUCCAUCUCCAUCGUUGUUUCUUUUCUACCAAGCCUCCUCAUUUUGAUCUCGUCCGCAUGCUACGGCAGCGUCAAGCGGUUGCAAAUAGGAGAAUAACCAUAUGUGUGCGCACACACGAGUCACAGAACCACAGGAACAGAACCAGACAUGAUGCAGUUCAUGACACUCGAUUGCAUCAUGUUAUGGUUUCUGUCCUUUGAAACGUUAUUUUGCUUUAAAUUGCACAUUUUCACAGUGAUGACAUUUGGCAGUACAGACCAUCCUUUCACCUCUUGUCAGUAACUGCUAAAUGAAGACUGUUGAAUUUGAAGACUUUUAUUUCCAGUGAAAGAACCUAGAGUAACGCGUGCGUUUGGAAACAAGCAGAGAUAAACAGGCUUCAUCUGCAGUGUCCAGUGUUUCAUCAGACGUUGUACAGUAUGUAGUCAAAUUUCCAGCUUCACGGCACACCUUGACCUAGUAUUAAUUACGACACACAAGCAUUUCCUAGUAGAUUAGUCUAAAUCUACCUGAACAGACUCUUCAGACUGAAACACAAACUUAAGUCUAACAUACAACAAUUUCAGGACAUUUGUGCUGCUUUGACUGAAUUUUUUUUCAUUGAUGUUUACUGGACGUUUUUUCCAGUGAUGUUUAUGGUUGAUGUCAAAGUGUUGAGUGAGCUGUGAAAUGAUUUUUGUUUAUUUCAGACGACAAGCAAAACUCAAACAUUUCAGUACAUGCGCGGUGAGCAGAGCUGCUUCGGCCGAGUGGAAUCAGUGGACAGAACCAAAGGUCCACUUGGACUUUUUCAUUUAACAUUGGAAUGAAACUGUGUGAAGAGUAGGAGCUAGGAGAAGAAUUGAGUCGAGCCAUUUGUGAAGGUUGUGACUUUGAUGAAUAAAUUAAAUUUCAUAUUAGCUACAGCAAAGGCUUAUUAUCGUCGUGAUUGUUUUUACAGUUACUUACAUGUCAAAACUGCAAAAGUAGUCAAUAAAUGCUUGAAACUAUUGUGAGGUUAGUUAUUUUCAGGUUUUGUUGGUCCUUAAACUCAUCUAAUGAGCUUUUAAAAAGAAAACAAAACCUUUCUGACCAAAACUCUGUCGCAGAAAUUACCGUUUUUGCACUGGCGGGCGUGACCUACACUUACACAGACAAGUUGGAGACUCAUUUGGCCCAGUACUCCUCACACUCACACGACUAAUAAAUGCACUUGCUUCUACAGAUAGUGGGAUGGGGACUUGUAAUCCACGGUGCCUGCCGGGACUUGACUUGCCUGUAGAUAGUCUUUUUGGGGGGAGGGGGGUUGAGGAGGCUCGGUGAGAACUUUAAGGGCACUAGAAAUCUUAGUCGGAUUAGUUGUAUAAAAAAAGCUUCUGCUGAGUUCUUUGUGCAACCUGUCUGUUUGUGCCUUUUUUGAUAGUCUUGAUAUCCAAGAUUUGAUGUGCAGCUUUCGUUGAGUCGGGAAUCGGUUGUAAUCACAAUAUACACUCUUAAAAAUGAACACAAUCAUGUCUGGGGGUGGGGGGGGUUGCGUGGGGAUCUUUAUCUUUCGGUUAUGUAAAUUUUAAUGAAAUUUGUUGACACCGCUGUGAUUUGUGACUGUAUUGAAAAGAUAAACAUUUGGGUUUUUUGCGUUACCCUUUUUCCUUGAGCUUAUUUUCCUUUUUGAUGUUUUUGUGCAGAUAUUUUUAUUGUAAAAUGAAUGUUCUGUUUCUAUCAGACACUAAUCUUGUUUGAGUUGUCUCAAGUGGAAAUGCUUCACUCUGUAUGUUUUGAUCAAUAUAAACCUUUAAUUGUGUAAUUAACAUUUCUGAAAGAUGAAAGAAUAAGAUCCUUGGUUGUAUUUUAAGGUUUUUGUUUGACCUGCCAUAGAAACAGAUUGAAUUCAGUCAGUUUUAUUUUGCUAUUGUGAAGGAUUUGACUUGAACGAAGCAUUUCUUUGCUCUUAUUAAAGACUGACUGCCACUUUAAAAAAAACAGAUUUUUCAAUGUUUUGUUUUUUGUUUUUGCAACUCUCUGCCAUGACAUUUAAAUAGACGUUCAUUAAAAACACUGUACCAUCA